GUGCGGUUUAGUGCGGUUGUCGUUAUUUUAAUUGAAUGUAGUUAAGGUUAGUUAAAUUUAGCUUAGUGCGGUAUGGUUGAGUUUGGUGUAAUUGGGUUCCAUUGAGUGAAGUUGUGGAGUUCAGUCACUGCGGUUGAGUGGAACGCGUUUGUAGAAUGCCGUUGAGUGGAACAGAGUUGAGUGCAGUUGUGAUGAGUUUAUUGCUGGAGUUCACUGCAGUUGAGUUUAGUGCUGUUGAGUUGAUGUUAAUGCUGUUGAGUUGAAAGGUUCAAAGGUUAUUUAUAGGUCACAUACACCAUAGGUGUAGUUAAAUGCUUGUUGCCAAUGCAGCACAUAAAAACAAAAAUACAGACAUAACAAUAAUAACGAGAUUUAAACAUAAAAAACAUCUCCCCACAAUGGUUCCCAUUAUGAGGGAAGGCACAAUGUCCAGUCCCCAUCCCAUGUCCAUCCACAAUCGGGCCUGUUGAGGCCUCCGCAGUCGCCUUUAUGGAGGCCCGAUGCAGUUGAGUGUAGUUUAAGGCAGUUGUGUUGAAGUGUUGAUGUUAGUUUUGCUACCUGCCUUCCCUGACUUCCAGGUGUAUUUUUAGGUUGUGAAGGUUUGGGCCCGAUCCGAUAACUUGACAUCGCAUACAUUUUUCUCCACGGGUACUGAUAGACUCCAAGAUUCCUUAGCUACAAAAUAAACUGUAUACGACUUCUUUAAUGUUUAUUUCUGAAUUCAUUAUCAAAUAUUACUCACGGCAGUCUGUUUCUCCCACAGGAGGGUCAAGUGGAUACGAUAAUGGAGGCUACGGAGGGUCAAGUGGAUACAAUAACGGAGGCUACGGAGGGUCAAGUGGAUACUAUAACGGAGGCUACGGAGGGUCAAGUGGAUACGAUAACGGAGGCUACGGAGGGUCAAGUGGAUACGAUAACGGAGGCUACGGUGGGUCAAGUGGAUAUGAUAACGGAGGCUACGGAGGGUCAAGUGGAUACGAUAACGGAGGCUACGGAGGGUCAAGUGGAUACGAUAACGGAGGCUACGGAGGGUCAAGUGGAUACAAUAUCGGAGGCUACGGAGGGUCAAGUGGAUACGAUAACGAAGGCUACGGAGGGUCAAGUGGAUCUGAUAAGAACGAAGGCUAUGGAGGGUCAAGUGGAUACGAUAACGGAGGCUACGGAGGGUCAAGUGGAUCCGAUAAGAACACAGACUACGGAGUGUCAAGUGGAUACGAUGAGAGCGGAGGCUCAGGAGGGACAAGUGUAUCCUAUAACACCGGCAGCUACGGAUACUGAUCAACGUCUGGACAUGAUAACUAUGCUGGCUACGGCGAACUGUGCUGUCGGACUGAACGCUCAACAAACGAUGUUGCUGCCGUCGCUUAGCAUCGACUUCAUGAUCCAAUUUAUUG